UCUUUUAUAUAUAAACUGAAAAUAUUUCUAUAUUGUUUCACUCUUUUGUUUCCGUUUCUCUCGGGAAGGCUUAUUUUCUCUCCAAAAUAAUGGCGGAAUCGAAGAGCAAGUUUGAAUCCAUGAGGGAAUGGGUUGUUGAUCACAAGCUUAGAACUGUUGGUUGUUUGUGGCUUAGCGGAAUUGGGAGUUCCAUAGCUUACAAUUGGUCUCGACCUAACAUGAAAACCAGCGUCAAGAUCAUUCACGCAAGGUUGCACGCACAAGCCCUUACAUUGGCUGCACUAGCUGGUGCUGCAGUAGUUGAAUAUUAUGAUCACAGGAACAAGCCGAAACCCGAUCCAUAUGCAAAGUACCUUCCAUACUCGCACAAAGAGUAGAUUACUCUUGAUUAAUUUUGCCCCAUUCCUCAUUACAUUCUUUUCAACUAUUUACCUUAUUUA